AUGAAGAUCGACGUACACCACCACUUCUAUCCCCCAGCCUUUCGUGAGGCUCUCGAUGCCGCCGGCGGAGACCCCUCGGGCUGGUACAUCCCUCCCUGGACUCUGGACCUCGAUAGGGAGAUCAACGAGAUCAUGAACGUCUCAACGACCAUUCUCAGCGUCACAGCCCCCGGUCCAGUCAUUGCCAAAGUACCCUCAGCGGCCGCGAAGCUCGCCCGUGAGUGCAACCGCUACGCCGCCGAGAUCCGCGACGCAUCGCCCAAGGAGUACGGUUUCUUCGCCUCGGUGCCCUCGCUAUUCGACACCGAGCUCGCGCUCGAAGAGAUCCGGUACGCGUUGGACGUGCUCAACGCCGACGGGGUGACACUCUUUACCCGCUACGGCCAGGGCCCGAAUUACCUCGGCCACGAGGCCUUCGCACCGAUCUGGGCUGAGCUCAGCCGGCGCAAGGCCGUGGUCUUCAUCCAUCCCACUCACCCCCAGGAUACAGCCCUGAUCAACCCGGCCAUGCCGCAGCCGAUGUUCGACUAUCCCCAUGAAACUGGUCGGACCGCGAUGGACCUAAUCACCUCCGGUCGCCUGCGCCAACACCCUGGCUGCAAAGUGAUCCUCUCUCACGCGGGCGGCACCCUGCCCUACCUCAUCCACCGCGCCGCAACCAUGCUCCCCUGUAUGCCGCCAGACCGUAACAUCGGUCUCUCGCGUGAUGAGAUCCUCGAGACGGCGCGGGAGUUCUACUUUGACACCGCCAUCUCCGCGAACGAGGUCACCCUGGCGGCGUUGACUACUUUUGCCAAGGAGGGGCAUAUCCUGUUUGGGAGCGACUUCCCGAAUGCUCCCCGGGAUGCGAUCGUUCGGUUCACUCGCUUCGUGGAAGAGGAGGCAUUGCCGCAUGGAGUUACGGUGGAGGGGCUGAAGGAGAAUGCGCUGCAGUUGUUUCCCCGCCUCCAGUAG